CAGCUCUCCACUCGUUCUCAUCAAACGCUAGCGAUCUCUUUCAAAGCCAACACAACACUUACUCACCUCUUGGCUUUCUCUUCCUCUCUGUGAUUCUACCUCGAUCAACUAAGCUCAAUAUCAUAGCCAUGGGCCGCGAUAUUGAAGUUGGAGGCUUUGCUGCCAAGGACUACCAUGACCCACCGCCAACACCAUUGAUCGAUCCGGAGGAGUUCGGAAAAUGGUCCUUUUACAGAGCCAUCAUUGCAGAAUUCAUCGCUACACUUUUGUUCCUGUAUAUCAGUGUGCUCACUGUGAUUGGAUACAAGAGCCAGAGUGACACUCUCAAAGGUGGAGACCAAUGUGGUGGUGUUGGCAUUCUUGGCAUUGCUUGGGCCUUUGGUGGCAUGAUCUUUGUCCUUGUUUACUGCACUGCUGGAAUCUCUGGAGGGCACAUAAACCCUGCUGUGACAUUUGGGCUGUUUUUGGCUAGGAAGGUGUCAUUACCCAGAGCUGUAUUGUAUAUUGUGGCUCAAUCCUUGGGAGCAAUAUGUGGGUGUGGGCUUGUGAAAUCAUUCCAGAGUGCUUUGUACACCAACUAUGGUGGUGGAGCUAAUGGGCUAGCUGAUGGGUACAGCAAAGGCACUGGAUUGGCUGCUGAGAUUAUUGGCACCUUUGUUCUUGUCUACACUGUCUUCUCUGCCACUGAUCCCAAGAGAAAUGCAAGGGAUUCCCAUGUCCCAGUAUUGGCACCACUACCAAUUGGGUUUGCUGUGUUCAUGGUUCACCUUGCCACAAUCCCAAUCACUGGCACAGGGAUCAACCCGGCUCGAAGUUUCGGAGCUGCAGUGAUAUACAACAAUGAGAAGGCUUGGGAUGACCAUUGGAUCUUCUGGGUUGGACCCUUCAUUGGUGCAGCCAUUGCCGCUUUGUAUCACCAAAAGAUAUUGAGAGCAGGAGCUGCUAAGGCUUCGGGUUCUUUUAGGAGCUCUUCCAACAUAUAAUUCUAUCAGGGAGAAUUGCAUGCGUUUUCUAAUGGUGUGGGAGACUUUGGAAGCUUGAACCAUGGAAUCUGUAUAUUGUUUGUGUUGGUAUGUCUGUUGUGAACAAAGGCACUUGUUUUAAAUGUGCCUUGGUGUUGCAUUUGCUCUGUUUUUUUUUUUUUUGGUUUUACCUUUCAGUUUGGUUAUUAAGUAUUCAUGUUGUUCACCAAGAAAUGAAUGAGUUAGUUGGGCUUUUU